AGAGGAGGAGGGGCAGGGAGGAGUCAGCGGCGGCACAGGGCGGGUCACGUCUCCCACGGCGGCCGAAAAUAUGUCAGUGUGCCAGUGAGUGAGUGAGCCCGGGACGCCCCUGCAGCAGCGCCUCAGUGCCCGGGCAGCCAUGGGGGACAGGAACUUCCACCGCAUGAGCGAGAUGGUGAAGCAGGGCGGCAACAGCGAGUGUGCCGACUGUGGCGCGGCCCAUCCAGAAUGGGCGUCGUACAACCUUGGGGUCUUCAUCUGCACCACCUGCGCCACCUGGCACCGUCGCCUCGGCACACACAUCUCCAAAGUCAAGUCCCUCAAGCUGGAUAAAUGGGACGAUGACCAGGUGGAGUGGAUGGAGCAGAACGGGAACUUGAAAGCCAAAGAGAAGUACGAACAGCACGUACCACACUGCUAUCGGGUACCCAAGGCUGGCGACCCCCCAGUGUUGCUGGAGCAGUGGAUCCGCGCCAAGUACGAGCGCGAGGAGUUCAUCCACGUGGACCGCCAGACUUACAUCACCAGCGAGAUCGAGGGUCGGCUCAUGAAGAAGGCGCGGGACGAGAACAAAUAUUACGAGAGGAAGUUCAUCGUCUCGGAGAACUCGCUGAAGUACUUUAACAAGGAGAACUCUAAGGAACCCAAAGUCACCAUCACACUGUCCGAGCUCAGCAUAUGCCUGGCGCCCCCAAAGAUGAACCAAAACAACGGCAUGCAACUUUCAUACAUGUGUGAGGGCUCCACAAGGCACAUUUACGUCUACCAUGCGAGCGGGGAGACCAUCAUCAACUGGUACAUGUCGAUUCGUAACAUCAAGCUCAAUAGACUCCUUGUUGCCUACCCGAGUGCAUCUCCAGAAGAGGUGGGUCAUGACUCAGAAAACUCCCCUUUCAUCGAUGGAGGUGGUCUCAAAACAGGGCCCAGCGAGAGGGAUGCCUACAGGAAGAGGUGGUUCAUUCUCGACGACCGCAAGCUGAUGUACCACGAAGGGCCGAUGGACGCAUACCCACGCGGGGAGAUCUUCCUGGGCCACAAGGACGACAAAUACAGCGUCAAGGAGGGUGUUCCGAGGGGCUGCAAGGACCAUGACUUCACCUUCUCCCUCGCCACACCCGAGCGCACUUACGUCAUGUCCGCGCCCACCUGCGAGGAGAGGGCGGCGUGGAUGGCGGCAAUUAGUGCGGUGCUGGAGCGAACGUUGCGGCCCCAGGACAAUCAGAGUAAGGCAGACAUGGCGGCGAAUCGCAAGUCGUCCCGCUCAUCCAGGCACUCAUGGUUUAACUUCCACUAGCUAACACUUUUCUCCUCUGUCCCGGCAUGCAUUAGCGCUCCUGUAGUGUUUGUG